AUGGCGACAAGUGCGAUCUGCCUUGGAACGACGUCUUCUGAGGAUUUGUGCUCCAUCAUCCUUCCGCCACCCUUUGGCGUCUAUGAAAUCGACCACUCUGGUUACCGAGUUGUGGCUCACCAUUUGUGCAGACACAUAAUUCUUCAGGAAGCCAUGUCAUGGCUUAGCACUCUGGGUGGUGGAUUCUCCUCCCUUGGAGAUAAAUUCGAGGAUGCAGCCGAAAUCGCUGGAGAAAUAUCCUUGCGUCAGAUGUAUUUGGCUCUCUCAAUGAAAAUCCCUGUCUUUCAAGCUCGUUGCAGACUCUUUUUUGCUCAAAGUCUUAUGCAACGCGGGAGACUCAAAGCGGCUGAACUUAUAAUCAGGGAUGUCUAUUCAUUUUCCAAAUCUGCCUCUGCACACGAUAAUCCACCGGAAAUUCAUCUAAGUCUAAUGUGUCAUGGACUCUGGAAGCGCCUCUCUCAUCUCUGGUCUCUUCGGCGUACUUCGAAGCAGUUAACCCAGCGAUUGCGGCUCCACCUUCACACCGAUGAAAUCGGUGCACUACCUUGCUCGAAGCAACCUCUCGGCACACUGUGUGACUUCACUGGCACUGACAAUAGAAGGCUAUUUCCAGACAUAACUGCUGUUCUUAAAAUUAUGUGA